AUGUGCCCUUUCCUUGAACUCCCCGAUGAGCUUCUCGCCGACAUCACUGCGUAUCUCGGAGCCAGAGAGCACAUCUCUCUGCUCCCAGUGUGCAGACGCCUCUAUGCCCUCGUGCAGUCCCAUGCCGCAUUUCAGUACGCCAUCGGCCUCUUCGCCGCCGGGAUGGUCGACCACCCAGCUUCGCCUCUCGUCUCGGGGGAGAAGCUCUAUGCGUUGAAGCACAAGGAGGAAGCGUGGGGAAGGCUAGACCUCUCGAAUCGCAAAACUAUUAUGAUGCCUCUCAAUCCCUCAGGGAUUUACGAUCUCACGGGGGGCCUUGCACUGUUUGGCGAGCGACUGAUACCUACGAGCAACCUGGGCACAGAUGCCGUAUGGACCCUUCCCCUUAAUGACGCUUGCAACUCGGAAGAACCAGAGCUAUUUCAUCUGUGGUCAAGAUUGGAUGUGGGCCUGCGGGUGAUCGACGUUGGUCUGAACAUCCACGAGCACGACCUCAUCGCAGUAGUCACUUACAAUUACGUGGCCGCAGCAGAGCUCUUGGCCUCCAUUGACAUCCACUUCAGACAGUCACUCACUGGGCAACCGCAUCCAGCGGCGACGCAAAAAGUCAUGCAUAUCGACACAAUCCACUAUCUACCAGGGCAGUGCAGCAUCAUGCUAGAAUUCUCGGGAGACACGAUGGUCUUUCUUCUCAAUAAUUACUUCCCAUUUCUCACUGAGGACGCGGUAACACUAGUGAUCUACAAUUGGAGGACGGGCAAGAUCUUAGCGGUGACGACUCCAUCCCAGCAUCGCAAAUUCGGCGACCCGGAUAUGGUCACCUCCUUCAUCCUGCUCGACCCUUGGACCAUAGUCCUGCCGAUGACCUACACUCAUACUCUCGAAAUUUGCCACUUCGGCGUGGAUGUCCCUCAUACGACCAAAGACCCCUUUGAAAUCCUACCGCUUUGCAUCUUGGAGCUUCCUCCUCUCUCCUACGGAGCAUUAGCCAUUCGGGCGACAUGCCGCUGCGAACCCAACGUACGCGGUCCAGAUUCGCCCGCCCGUCCUCCGCGCACCACGCCCUUCUCCUCCGACCCCGCCGUCGCGCUCAUGGUCCUCCACGUUGCCGUGCGCCUCCCCGACGCAUCCCACAGCAUGUUCACAAUGUUCGUCCACCGUUCCACCCUCCAGCACCUCUUCCGCGCUGCGCUCCGGUUCAACUCUGCCUCACACGGUUCCUCCCCUACCCCGGACCCUCCCAGCCCGGCCUUCCGGCGCGUCCAACCCUCCCACACAACCUCCACGGACGUCGACGGACCCCCACCGCCGCCGCCGCCGCCGCCGCCGGAGGAAACUCUGCCGCUCGCACUCGGCUGGAAGCAGUGGGGACCGGCGCGCUGUCGGUGGUUCGAGGACGACCGGGGACGGACGCGGUGGAUCACGACGACAUGCGGGCAGCGGUACGUGCGCCUGACCGAGGACGGCCGGCUACACGCGCUCGAUUUCAACCAGCGUGCGCUCAGGCGGCACAUCGGCGAGCGGGAGCUGGCGGGAGAGCCAGUGGGGACGCGUGAAGGGGAGAGCGUGCUCGAGCGCGAGGAAGAGAGAUCCGAUGAGGUGUGGAUGGAAUUGCCGGUGGGGGACGUGAUCGAGGGUUUUGAGAACGACGAGGAGCAGGAGGAUGACGAAGAGGAAGAGGAAUAUGAGGAUGAAAGGGACGAGGAUGAGGACGAGAUGGGUGUGGAGGACUGCGGUGCACAAGGUAGGUCUCCAGGCAUCAUGUCGGUGGACCCGCAGCGUCAGGUGCGUUUCGUGCUCGGCACGACGGAGAUCAAUGAGAAGAGGGUUUGGAAAGCUCCUCUGAAGUCGUCGCUGCCGUAUGUGGAGACCAGCGUGAUGCCGUUGGACAAGUAUGAGAGCAUACUCCUCGACGAAGACAUACUUGUUGGUCUCAAGAUGGAUCAUACCAUGCGCAGAGUCAAAGAGCUUGUGCUCCAUCGCAUCGGUGAUGGCCAUACACCCGACCGGAAGAGUGUCGAAGCUACAUAA